AUGAUUCCGUUUCUACCCUCAACCAGCGCUCGGGACUCGCUGAAGCCGUCUGAGGAGCCGGCGGCACAAUCCCCUACAGAGUUUUCAAAUCCGGUGCAAAGCCAUGGCAGCUCACAGCAGGGAAGUAGUUACGGUACAUCACAGCCGGCUCCAAAGUCACAGUUUGAUGACGAGGAGCAGCAAAUGCUGUCCAAUUUGCCAUGGGUCAAGUUCUGA